GACAUGGCUCGUACUAAGCAAACUGCUCGUAAAUCCACCGGUGGGAAGGCCCCACGUAAGCAACUGGCUACCAAGGCAGCCAGGAAAAGUGCCCCAGCCACUGGCGGUGUGAAAAAACCUCAUCGUUACAGGCCUGGUACCGUUGCUCUUCGUGAGAUCAGACGUUACCAAAAAUCCACUGAACUUCUCAUCAGGAAGCUUCCUUUCCAGAGGCUUGUCCGUGAGAUCGCCCAGGACUUCAAGACCGAUCUUCGUUUCCAGAGUUCUGCCGUGAUGGCUCUUCAAGAGGCUAGCGAAGCUUACUUGGUUGGUCUUUUCGAGGAUACCAACUUGUGUGCUAUCCACGCUAAGAGAGUGACCAUCAUGCCCAAGGACAUCCAGCUUGCUCGUCGUAUUCGUGGCGAGAGGGCUUAAGUCUCUGUUGCUUUGUCAGCAUUUUAAAUGGCCCUUUUUAGGGCCGCCACAUUGUAUCCUAAGUAUUCUCUUUCGACCUUU